AUGAAUCCCAAAACAAAGUUAAGAACACCCAACGAAGUGUUGAUUCUGUUUCGUCACCUAACAAAAGCAACAAAAAAAUUCCAAAUUGAAGAGUCUCCUAGAGUUGGCGGUUCAACCAAUCUUGUAAAUUUACCUUUCCUUGAUAUGGAUGUGAAAAAGAUGAUGAGGGUUGGAUCGUUAAUUCAAAUAAAAAUGGAGGAAAUUAUAUUUGGUGAGGAGUUUUUAGAGCAUCUACGUGUAGAGAGUAUAAAAGAGAUUCUUGAUCAUAAUUGGUUAAGUGCCUCUAUUAUCAUUGUAUUUUCCAGGUAUUUUUAUGACAAGUUUAUUAGUCCAAAUGGAUUAAUAAAUAAGUUCUCCUUCAUAUCCCCACAUGUAUCACGAGAGGAUAAUCUAGGAAAUGCUAUAGCAAAAAUACUUCUGAAAGAUGAGGAGUACUUCAAGGAUAAGAUGAUUCUUGCACCUUGCAAUCUAGGGAAACAUUGGGUAUUACUUGUCAUCAAUCUCGAUGCUGAGGUGAUAUAUUACAUGAAUCCGUUGAAUGGUGAGCCAACUAAACAUCAAGAUUUAAAAACCAAGUUUGAGAAUGCAUUGCAAAUUUAUCGUGCUAAUAGUAACUCUAAAGUGUCUAAAGUCUCCAAGUCAAAGAAAAUUUCAUGGUCAAAAAUUCAGAUAUUGUCCCCGCAAAUUAAUAGCAUUGACUGUGGAUAUUUUGUAAUGCGAUUUAUGAAAAAGGUCAACAUGGAAAAUGAAAUUAUGAUCCCCAUGAAUUACUUUCCUGACUACAAAUGUCGUACCUACUCUAAGGAUAAGUUAACUGAGGUCAAAGAGGAUUAG